CCUGCCUAAACCUUAGCUUGUUCAUUCAUCCUGAAAAACUGAUUCUGAGAUUCAUGCCUUAGGGUGAUGCAGAAUAUAAACGAGGCAGUAAACAUCGGUCAUGAGGAGCUCGUUGUAUAUCAAGCACAGAGUGAACCUGACUGCACAAACGAUAAGUCAGAGUGCUCUCUUUCAGGUGCCUAUCCGUGUGUUUUUGGAUUUAUCUUCGUUGCCAUGUGUCCCUUUAAGCCAGCCAGUGGAACUCUUAAGAUUAGAUCUGAUGACGCCAUAUCUGAACACUUCCAGUAGAGAAGUAAAGGUCCGCAUUUGUAGAUCUGGACGAGUGACCGCUGUCCCAUUUUGGUUUCAUUUGUGCCUUGAUGAUGAGGUCAGGCUGGACACCUCAGGCGAAGGCUCCCACUGGAAGCAAGCUGCCAUGGUUCUGGAUACCCCCAUCCAGGUGCAGGCGGGAGAGGAGCUUGUGCUCAGUGUGCAGCAUCACAAGAGCAAUGUCAGCAUCACAGUGAAGCAGUGAGAGAGGCUGUAAUCCUGGGAGGAGUGUAAAUUUCCUUGUGGUCAAAGUAAAGCGUUAAUAAAGCACAUGGUAACGGUCUUAACGUGCAGCCUUGUUUUUGCUCUCUAGAAAAGGAUAUGUUCUUUGUUUCAUUUUGUUGGGUUUGGUAGGGAUUUAGAAGGUGUCUGCCUCAUUGUCAUGUCAGUUAAACGGAUUUUUAAGGUUUUGAGGCCUUGGCUUAUAAAGGCUUCUAGUGAAGACUGAAAGGUGGUGUGAGCCAGAGCUUGCUUCUGUUAGGUAGCGAGUUAGAGAGUGGAGGGCCUAGGAGGUGUCUUAAGGAGGCACAAACAAAAGCUUAAAAUGCUAACUCAGGGGCUGGAGAGACGGCUCAGCAGAAUUUUUCUAAUUUUGAUUUGAAUGUCCUCUUGCAAAGCUUUGUAAUUCAUGGGAUCCCAUUUUUAAUUGUCGCUGUUUCCUGAGUGAUCUGAAAGCCUUCAGAAAGUCAUUGCCCGUGUCUCUAUCUUGAAGUGCUUUCCCUACUUUUGAUUUUACUAAGGAAUUCUUUCUU